AUGAUGUCAGAGUUUACCAUACCCAAAGAGAUCCUGUGGAACCCAAUAAUCUCUGCCGGGAUCAGUCGCUAUCUUUCCAGAAAGGACCGCUUAAACUGUCAGGCCUUAAUACCAACCUGGGAUCUACUUGCCAUCAGAAUUUUUGCACUAUCUCCAUCCUCCUGUAGAAGGCAGACAUUAGUGCUCAGUCUUCUUGAAGAUUCAUCAGAAGGAAUUGAGAUCUUCCCCGUGGAAUUUGCUUCAGAGCGGAGAGAAAAUGUAACUCAACUUCUCUUUCAACUUUCCAGUCCCACUGGUACUGGACUCGCCAAUGUAACUACCUUGGACCUCGUGAAACAACCGAUCACGAUUGAACAGUUGCGUGAACUCCUUAGUAGCUGUCCAAUGCCUCGAUUACGCGUCCUUUCCUUAACUCUUGCUGAAAGGAAUCCCCGGCCACAGGUCAUGAAGUGUCUAAAAUCCAAGCUAAAGCUAGAAGAAGUUGCCAUUCGCUUUAUCGGAAACAUAUUGCCAUACGAAAUGCUUUUGCUGAUGCAGAGCUUCGGCGACGUUCGCAGCAUGCUCUGCGACGACUCCUCUCACCGCCGAUACCGGUUACGACGUUGGCUCAGAAAUUGGGAAAGUUAUCAGUCCUGGAUUCCACCUUGGUCUUUCCUUCAGAUGCACCAUGCAUCUGAACUGCUUGAUCUUUUCCUCUGUGAACGAAAUUUUGUCAUGCAGCUCCAAGAGUUGACCCUACUGACAGAGCCAGGUCACUUUGUGCCAAAAAGGUUCAUGACUAGCUCUGCAAUUUUGCCCCGGAUUGUUAAAUAUCGUGUGCUCAAAAAACCACCACUGGGCACUCCGCAAUUUUGCAGGGUUUGUGUUGAUGCUGAGAAGAGACACUACAUGCCUCGAUUACAUUGUCAAUCUAAUUACAUGACACAGGACGGUGAAGCGGCAGUGAACUUCGUUGCAUGUUCUCUUAUGUCUGUCGAAGAUAACUGCGUCCUUCACCCGCUCAACUUGCUUGAUCUGUUCGUUCACGUAAGCCCUUCCGGUAAACGACCAUCCCUCAUUCUAACGAAUACCUCUUCCUGUUCCACAACUGAGAUCAAUACAAUUAGAUGGCAAGCACCAAUUAGAAGUGCAGUGGAAGACCUAAUUCAGCAGCACUAUUCGGAAAUCAAGAGACUUUUAAUUCGUGUGUGCAUACCUGGAAAUUAUGAGAUUAAAACAAAAUAUGCUCGAGAGCUUCCGCCUCUUGCCAGAGAUCGCAUCCUCCCAAUCAUUGAGAUGUGUGGUUCAUGUAUUUUCUCCUUAGAAGUGUCCGCUGAGAUCAUUUGGGCCUGCUGCAAUGACGUUCAAACCAACACGAAGCUUCUUCGUCUACAGGACAAGUGCUUAAAUGUUCGAAAAGUGAUGGUAAUUGCCAGCGAUUGCUCGGAGUUCGGACAACAACUUCGUCCAUCUGCGAAGGAUAUUUCAUCGUUCUUGAGUUUGUUUCUCGCUUUGAUAGAAGUAAGAAUUAUUUCUUCUGGAAUCUUCCGUGACCAGACUAUUCAUGAGGUUCUAACUAGCUGCAGAUCUCUUCGGCGUCUCUACAUAUUGUCUUAUGGAAACUUGAAAAUUAACUACGCACCGUUACCAAACCAUGGUACUCUCGAGCUCAUUUUCCUGGAAUUAAGUGACGUUUAUGCGAACGCCUGUUGUAACAGACUUUUAAGGGAAACGCUAUCGAACUUGUUGUCCCCCAGAUACAUUCUACUAAAGAUUGGAGAUGGUAAAUAUCCCAGCAUUAAGACUUUGAAUGCAUUUUUUGCAACCAGGAUUAAGUUACGGUGGUUGGUAUUUGUCUUUAAUAAUGACGGAAGGGCUCUCUUGUGUCACACAGACGAAUACAGUAGGACAGGUCUAGAAAUUAUCAAGGUUUCCAUAUUCCACCUCGGAAAUAUGAUUCACACCUACCCAGAACUUUACGAUAUAUUUUGGAGUGAGUUUCAGAAGUUUUCUACACACCCGCUCUACUGA